AUGACUGCCAAAAUACAGCCCUUGGAUGCAGGAAUUAUUCGCGCGGUUAAGGCACAGUACAGAGGUGAACUUGUGCGGCACUACAUCGCUUGCGCGGAAGACAACGAACUGCAAACUGUUGACUUGAGGUGGUGCCUUCAAAAGCUGAGAAGGGCGUGGGACGCGGUGAGGUCUCAAACCAUUGUGAACUGCUGGCGUCACGCAGGUAUUCUUGUUAACAGCUCUGCUAUGGAGGUGGAGGAUCCGAUGAAUGAACUUCCGCUCGCGGCCCUUCAUGAAGCUCUUCGACAACUCGGGGAGAAAAACCCAGACGAAGAGGCAUCGGCAUUCUUGGAUAUAGACGAAGAGACUAACAGCUGGGAGCCUAUGAGCGACGAGCAGAUCAUGGAGCUUGUCGGUGAAUCCGCUCAACAGGGCCAUCAACUUGUCGAAAACUUUGCGCCGACAGAAACAGACGAUGAAGAAGAGACACCAACCGUUACUCGAUGUGAAGCUCGCCGUGGCUUGGAGACAGCGAUCGCCUACCUUGAGCAGGAGGGGGACGGAGAACGUGCACUUCAAGUGGCCGAAGUGUUGCGCUUUUUGGACUCUAAAAUGGGAUCGAAAGCGCCAGUGCAAACUCAUAUCUCCUCGUUCUUUGGCGAAAUAAACAAUGCUUUUUUUUAA